GGCCCGCGCGGCGGCGGCGGGGGCGGUGCGACAAGCGGCGGAUGGCGUGGGGCGGAGCGCGCGGCUCGGUAGCCCUGGGCCUGGCGCUGCGCCUGCUGCUCGGCUUCGGGCUGGGCCUGGACGCCGCCCCGACGGUGGGCCCAACCGCCUCCUCGGCCCAGGCCCCAGGCCCCAGCGCAGGCUCAUGCCCGCCCAGCAGCUUCCAGUGCCGCACCAGUGGCUUCUGCGUGCCCCUCACCUGGCGCUGCGACGGGGACCCAGACUGCACGGACGGCAGCGAUGAGGACGAGUGCAGGAUCAAGCCAUGUGCCCAGGAUGGGCCGUGCCCGCCACCCACUGGCAGCCCGUGCUCUUGUGACAACAUCGAUGACUGCCCCGGUGGCAUCGACCAGAACCUUCACAACUGCACCCGCCAGCCCUGCCCGGCGGGGGAGCUCCGCUGCCCGCUGGGUGGCGCCUGCAUCCCAGACACGUGGCUCUGUGAUGGCCACCCGGACUGUCCCCACUCUGGCGACGAGCUUGGCUGUGGAACUGAGACCUUCCAGGAAUGGAACACCACGUCCCUGGGGACCCCUGUGACCCCUGUGGAGAGUGUCACGUAUCUCCAGAAUGCCACAGCUACUCCUGUCGGGGAUGAGGACUCGGUCCAAUCCGGAAACUGGAGCAUCUACGGGGCUCUUGUAGCUGCUGUGUUGCUAAGUGCUGGUUUGGCUGCCACUUCCCUGCUGGUGUUGUCGUGGCUCUGUGCCCGGGGGCGUUUGUACCCGCGGGGGCUGCUGGUAGCCGUGAAGGAGUCCCUGCUGCUAUCAGAGAGGAAGAGCUCACUGCUCUGAGGACCAGCUCUUGCCACCACGUCGCCCGGGCCCUGAGUGGCAGCUCUGGGGACAUGUGCGCGGCUGCUGGCACCCCAGCCCUCAGGCACGAGUUCUUCUGGCCACGCAGCCCCAUGGACCUGCAGAUGUGGCCCUGGAGGUUGGGGGUGCCCGGACCCUCCCCCUGGAUGUGGGGGACCUUGGAUAGCGAAUACACCACAGCGGGAACCAAGAGGCUGGCCCCAGUCUGCUCCUGGGGGUGGCCCUGCUCUUAGAUACUCUUGCUGCCCCCAUCCGAGGGUGGUGAUUAAAGUUACUUCACAUCCUC